AUGGCCUCCGAGAUCGAAGCUCUACAUCCAUUUCAUCAGGCAAACAUACAUGAGCACAGGUGGGCUGCCUACGCGGCCCGCUUCGUGCCCAUGCUUGUCUUACUAGUCACGGUCGCGCUCGUGCUGGUCGGGGUCCUCUAUUCGACCAGGCUGCUGCUGGUGUUCACAGCGGUCUGCAACGUGACGAUGUGGCUGCUGGUCUGCUCGGCGGCGACAUUCGGUAUCAUCGGGUCGUGGACCGUCCACGAGCUGGUGCACGAGCAAGGGGGCGGCGGCCCAGAGGAGGUCCCGGAGGAGGGCGGCGCGCGGCCGCGGGGCCGGGUCAAGCACGUCGUGGUGCUGCCGAACUACGACGAGGGCGAGGCCAUGCUGGCGGAGACCCUGACAUCCCUGAGCGAGGCGGACGGUUCGUCAGAGUUCUGGAUAUUCUUGGCCAUGGAGGAGCGCGAGGGUGACAAGGGCAAGAGAAAGGGGGAGCGCCUCGUCGCCGACUUCAGGGAGCGCUUCGAGCGGAUUGAGGCCACCUUCCACCCCCGCGACCUCGUGCAGCAUCACGCCGACGGCUCGGAGUCCCCCGAGGUGCCCGGGAAGGCCUCGAACCUGAAGCACGCCGUGCGCUGGGCGCACGAGCGUUGCCAGCAGGAGCUCGACGCCGUGGACGCGUGCAUCCUCACGGUCGCGGACGCCGACUGUUUGUUUCACCCGAGCUACUUUCACCGGGUGGGCAGCGAUUUCUGCACGAUGCGCCAGUGCGACGGGGACCAGCAGAAUUGGACCAUGUGGCAGGCGCCGCAGCUGCCGUACCGGAACUACUUCUUGUGCCCGCUGCCCUCGAGGGUGUGGGGGUACAUCUCGUCCAUGUGGGAGUUCGGGGGCGUCGCCAGUCUGACAUCUGGUGGGCAGCACAUGGCCUUCAGCGCGUACAGCCUGAGCCUCCGCCUCGCGGCUGACGCCGACCUGUGGGACGGGGACGUCAUCGCAGAGGACCCCUCCUCUGGGGGGCCCGCGGACUCGGUCCACGCCGGGGCCGCCGCGACCGCCAGAGCGCCGGCGGACGGCAAGCAGCCGCGGCGGGCGCAGCCGUGCCUGAGGCUGCGGCCGGUGAUGGUGCCGGUCAAGUCGACGUCCGUGCUGUCGGCCGACGGGUGCUGGGCGACCUGGAGGGAGCGGUGGAGCCAGGCGACGCGCCACUGCCAGGGAGUCGCGGAGGUUUCGUACAGCCUUCUGGUAGCAUGGGACAUGUUCCACACGCUGCCUUGGAAUUGCUACAGUGCGCAUGUCGUGGUGACCAUCAUCAAGGUGCUCACCGGGCCUAUCUUAAUGCAUUUGGUGCCGGUCUGCCAGGCGAUUGCAAUGACGGUGAUGACCUCAGAGAGCCUCGCAUUUUGCAAGCACUGUCAAUGA